AUGGCCACCAUGAAUGUGAGUUUAGCCCUUUCGAGCAACCGUGUGUGAGUUGACUGACAGGUCAGAUGAGUUGAGCCCCUUGCGACCAAUGAAGAACCAGUGUACUCGAGAAUACAUUGAGACUUACCACAGACACAUGCCUAAGGAUACACCUGUACAGGAGUGGGAGUCUCGUUAUGCGUUGUAUGCAUUAUGA